GAAAAUGGUUUUUCUCUAGUCGGCCCUCCUGUCAGUGCAGACGUCAGGGUUUUGUCUUCAUUCACCUCUGGAGGCAGGACAGAAACUUGAUCUUUUGCUCUCAUGGUCCCUCCCACUGUAUAUAUGGCUUGUCUCCACCUCCACAUCUCAGUUCUUUGUCCUGCCUCGGAGGUUAAGGACAUCAUUAUUAUUAUUUUUUAUUUUGUUUUUUAUUUUAUUUAUUAUUUAUUGUUUUCAGUUACUUAUUCAACUUCUAUUAUUCAGGUACGCAAAGCUACCUUGUCUGGAAUUGGUGACACGCAGAGCUGUCGCUCUACUACAGUGUUAGGGUACGCAGAGCUGCCCUUUAUACACUUCGGGUGCACAGAGCUGCACCUCUUUAUUUAUCAUGUGGCACGCAGAGCUGCCCACCUUUUUCUACAUUAGGGCACGCAGAGCUGCCCUUCUUCUACUCAGGUUGCAUACGGAGCUGCCUGCUUCCGUUUCCAGGGAUGACUCUUGGCAAGCAGAGCUGCCUUUUUGAGGUCCCCAUACGGCACGCAGAGCUGCCUUUUUGAGGUCCCCAUACGGCACGCAGAGCUGCCAUAACUAGAGGCACAUAUGACACGCAGAGCUGCAGCUAUUACUGCAAUGGGCCUUGUUUUAUUUGGGUGUGACGCACAGAACCGUAUUGUUUAUGGGGAUACCCUGAGGGAAGGACUCAAGGACCUGGCGUCUCCUUCUAUAGUUUAGAAAGACGAUAUUGCCGUUCUACUGACCUUAACUGAACAGCAUGUGAGUAAAUGGACGGCUACUGCCGAGAAUUCUUAGGCGGGAGAGCCGCCGGUUGCUAAGCAACGCGCCAGAUAGGCGCGCAGCAGUUCUCUUCGCGCCAUAGAAGGGAGCGUGCUGACGUCAGCGCGCGCUACGCACAGCGCAUACUGUAGAAACUGCGGUGAGAGACGGAACUCUACAUAGUUGGCGGUAAAACAUAACGAUCGUCAUUAUGGAGGAAACGGACUCUCUUCAAGAGCUCAGAGAGGUGGUUAAGUCAGUUAAGAAGAAGCGACCUGAAAAGCUACCUAAAUGCAAGAUCAUUCAGUCACUACCUCCGCAAGAAGCUACCUCAGCACCACAUACUCCCUCUCAAACUACGCCUCAGAGACACUCUCAGAGUCCCAUCCCAAUAGUCUGGGACAAUGAACCUGUUGCCCAGACAUCUGAUCAGGGGCCAGCUCAAAUUGGAGAAUUUCUCCAAUGGAUUAUGAAAACAGUACAACCACCCCCUACUCACAGGGAACCCAAAAAAUCUACAACUAGCAAGCGUAAAGCACAUGUCACAUUAUCUCACUCCUCAGAAUCUGAGGAGGGACAAGCCUCUGAUACAGAAGGAGAGGAACUAUGUCAGGAAUCAGAUAGCUCUGAUCACUCACAGCUACAUUCUGAGUCAGACUCUGAGAAUGAAAAUCCUACACCCGCAGCCACUCCAGAGAUCGCAAAGCGACUAUUAAGAGAGAUGAUGCAGACCUUGGAAAUCAAGGAUGAAACAACUGUCCUCUCAAAGGCAGACAGGCUACUAGGUGUUCACAAAAAAUCUAAAUUAACCUUUCCUAUAUUUCAUUCCAUCACACAAGCAAUUGAGACUGAGUGGUCACAACCAGACCGCCGUAUUGCACUUACACAGAGAUUCUUUAAAACGUAUCCGGUACCAGAAGAGCACCAAAAGAAAUGGGAUAAGGCCCCAAAGGUGGAUUCAGCGGUUGCUCGCUUAUCUCGCUACACCGCAUUACCGGCGGAGGAAGCGGCUUUCAAGGAUCCCUUAGACAGACGUAUGGAAUCUAUCCUAAAGAAAUCCUACACACAGGCAGCCGCAAUGCUUCGACCUGCAGCAGCUUCAGCAGGCCUAGCCCGCACGGCUAAACAUUGGGCACAGGAGCUAGCACGACAUCCCCCGGAAACCAAACAACAGUUACAGGGGGAGGUGGAAAGACUGUCUACUGCCAUAGCCUUUUUGGCAGACGCAUCAAUGGAGGUCACAAAGCUUGCUGCAAAAACUACAGCAAAUGUGGUAGUUGCUCGCAGAGCCCUGUGGCUCAGACACUGGACAGGCGAUACCGCAUCAAAACUGAGACUUUUGUCACUAAAGUUUACUGGUGACUCGCUUUUCGGUCCUGAUUUAAAACAAAUCAUAUCUGAAGUAACUGGAGGUAAGAGUACCUUCCUGCCCACGGGUAAAAGACCCAGAUCUGAACCAAAUAAUAGAUACACAGGCAAGAGAUCCUGGUCCUCUCAAUCGAGACCUUUUCGUUCCUUUCGCACCUACAACAAAAAUCCCUCAACAGAGCAGACCGCCAGACGAGGAAGGCAAAACUGGCAGCAACAGGCACGCAAUACCAGAAAGCCUAUCUCUACCAAACCUAACUCUGCCUGACUCACCACAACGAGUCGGAACACAACACGUGGGGGGCCGGCUUCAAGAAUUCAUCGGGAUAUGGGAAACACAUGUGACAGACGAUUGGGUGCUAUCCAUAAUCAGACAAGGAUACAAGAUCCCUUUUUCCCCUUGCCUUCCUCUAGGGAGGUUCACUCCAUCGACCACUGCUCCUCACAAGCUCCACUUACUCCAACGGGCUGUGGACACGCUACUUCUCACAGGGGUAAUCGAGCAGGUUCCCACGUCACAAAGGUACAAGGGGUUCUACUCAAAUCUAUUUCUAGUUCGCAAAAAGGAAGGUUCCUUCCGACCUGUGCUGAAUCUAAAGCCCCUAAACCCUAUGAUACUGAUACAAAGAUUCAGGAUGGAAUCAAUACGGUCGGUGAUUGCAAACAUGGAACCGGACAUCUUCAUGACGUCCAUAGAUCUACAAGACGCCUACUUGCACAUACCCAUUUCUCCUUUUUCAAGAAAGUAUCUCAGAUUCGCCAUAGGAGAAGCUCAUUAUCAAUUUACGGCGCUGCCAUUUGGUCUUUGUACAGCUCCACGCGUCUUCACGAAGGUCCUCGUACCCAUUGUGGCCUACCUCCGGUCUCUGGGAGUCAACAUUAUCCCAUAUCUCGACGAUUUCUUGAUAAAGGCACCCACAGCUCAACAAGCACACAAAGACACCAGCUUGUGUCUGCAGGUGCUCACACAACAUGGUUGGCUGAUCAACCACAAAAAGAGUUCGCUCACCCCAAGUCAGACGAUUGUUUUUCUCGGCCUGCAAUUCAACUCCGCUGUCCAAAAGGUGUACUUGACACGCGACAAGGCCCUCAAGUUACAACAGACCACUCUAUCAGUUCUCCAACAGGAGGAGACCUCGGCAGAGGACUGCUUGCGUCUCCUGGGACUGAUGGUGGCGGCGCUGGAAGCCAUUCCCUUUGCCAGGUUUCAUCUCAGACCCCUGCAGCACAACUUUCUCAGACACUGGAACAGAAAUCAUCAAUUUCUGGAACAGAUUAUCCCUCUCUGCCAAGCGACGAGGAAGGAGCUCCUUUGGUGGACAGUUCUGCCAAAUCUCCUACAAGGGAGAAGCCUCCAGACCACUUCCUGGGAAGUAGUGACGACGGAUGCGAGCCUCAGGGGCUGGGGUGCAGUUUACCACGGACUGACUCUCCAAGGGAUUUGGUCAACUCAAGAAAGCAAGUUACCCAUCAAUGUGCUGGAAUUGCGAGCUAUUGCUCUAGCCCUGGAGGGAUGGUCGUCAAUCUUGCAGUCCCGGGCAGUACGAGUGCAGUCAGACAAUGCAACAGCCGUAGCAUAUGUCAACAGACAGGGCGGCACACGCAGCAGGGCAGCCAUGCAGGAAGUCUCCCGCAUACUCACCUGGGCGGAAAGCACGGUGACCAACAUCUCCGCAGUAUUCAUCCCAGGGGUACAGAACUGGGAAGCGGAUUACCUGAGCAGGAUAUCCAUGGACCAGGGAGAGUGGUCCUUGCACGACGGACUCUUUCAGCAGCUGACCCGAAGGUGGGGAACCCCGGAGGUGGACAUGUUCGCUUCCAGAAUCAACAAAAAACUUCCCCUUUACUGCACCAGAACGAAAGACCCAAAGGCGUUCCUAAUAGACGCCCUAGUGGUGCCAUGGGACUUCAACCUCGUGUAUGCUUUCCCACCCUUGGCGAUUCUACCCAGGGUAAUCAGAAAACUAAAACAAUCCAACACAACUACCAUUUUAAUUGCACCAGACUGGCCAAACAGAGUUUGGUACUCAGAUCUCAUCACACUAUCCAUAGCCCCUCCGUGGCGAUUGCCUCUACGUCCAGACUUACUAACACAAGGGCCAAUCAAACAUCCGAAUGUAGCAAUGCUCAGAUUGACUGCGUGGCUCUUGAAACCAACUGGUAUUUACAGCGCGGUUUCUCACGGACGGCAGUGAACAUUUUAUUGCAAGCUAGAAAGCCGUCCACCUCAAAGGUGUACUAUAAGACCUGGAGGACUUUUAUUACCUGGUGCACUCACAGGGAUAUUCCUUGGGAUUCUGUUAAUUCCACUCAAGUUAUCGAAUUUUUAGCAGACGGGUUCCAAAAGGGACUCGCUCUCCGUACACUGAAGACUCAGAUUUCCGCGCUGACUGCUCUGACUCAUCGGAGAUGGGCAAAUUAUCCUACUGUACAACAUUUCAUAAAAGGAGUAACUAGAGCCCGACCUCCCCUUCGGGAACCCUUGGCUACUUGGAGUCUACCCUUGGUUCUCACGGGACUACAACGACCACCCUUUGAACCGUUAUCGACGUGCGAGCUGAAGUGGUUAUCACUAAAAGUUGCCUUCUUAAUUGCGAUUACAUCUGCAAAACGGGUUUCUGAGUUAGCAGCCCUUUCCUGCAGGGAGCCAUGGCUCACGUUACACCAAGAUAAAGCGGUCCUCAGGACCACCCCUGGUUUUCUUCCAAAGGUAGUUUCCGAACGACACAUGAACCAAGAUAUCAUUUUACCUUCUUUUUGCCCGAACCCAUCGAAUGAUAAGGAAGCAAAACUGCAUACGUUGGAUGUCGUUAGGGCACUUCGUAUUUAUCUCAGGAGGUCAGAGACCUUUAGGCAUUCCGAUUCCUUGCUUGUUUCGUAUGCUACCGCACACAAGGGACGCCCUGUGUCUAAGAGGACUAUAGCACGUUGGCUCGUUGAUACUAUUAACAAAGUUUAUGAUGACAGCGGUAGUGGAAGACCGUUUUCAGUCAAAGCCCACUCCACAAGGGCACAAAGCACUUCGUGGGCGUUACAGAAUCUGGCUACAGCGGAACAGAUCUGCCAGGCAGCUACUUGGGUUUCUCCGAAUACGUUCAUCAAGUUUUAUAAGUUAAAUGUUCAUGCUUCUACAUCGGCCACGUUUGGCCGCAAAGUUUUGCAGGCUGCAGUUGCACAAUAGGACUAAAAUCAGUUCACAAGUGUACGUGCCCACCCUGGAUAUGGAAAAGCUUUUGGACGUCCCCUGACGUCUGCACUGACAGGAGGGCCGACUAGAGAAAGAAAGAUUUUAGACUUACCGGAAAAUCUUUUUCUAGUAGGCCCGAACUGUCAGUGCAGUAAGUCCCACCCAGGCUGAUUUUAGUAUGGGCAUUGGGAUUUCUUUCUCGCUAUCUUCUAUCUGUGUCUCUUCAUCUUCCUUCUAUCUGUACUAUCUCCACCGGCUGAGCUUUACAACGGAACUGAGAUGUGGAGGUGGAGACAAGCCAUAUAUACAGUGGGAGGGACCAUGAGAGCAAAAGAUCAAGUUUCUGUCCUGCCUCCAGAGGUGAAUGAAGACAAAACCCUGACGUCUGCACUGACAGUUCGGGCCUACUAGAAAAAGAUUUUCCGGUAAGUCUAAAAUCUUUCUAUUUACAUGAAGCAGGAUUUUACAUAUGAGCUGUUUUAUGCAAUAUCUUUUUAUAGAGACCUACAUUGUUUGGGUAUAGUUUUCCUUUAAUAAAGGCUUACUUGUUAAUAGAACCCGAAGGGAUCCUGUUCUUAGAGUGAAAACUAUAGGACUUAGUUUGACAUCAGUGGUAGGAAAGCUUUUGGAAGGGGGAAAAAGGGAUAAGAUACUGGACUACAUUGAAAAUCACUAUGGGUUUUAGCCAGCAUGGUAACAGAUCUUGCCAGACUAAUAAUUGCCUUUUAUGAGAAGUAGUGAUGAACAAAUGGAUUCUUCGUGGCAAAAUUCCAAAUUUCACCAUGUGCGGAAUUCGUGAAACUGCAACGAAAAUUCCCGGCAGAAACAUUCACUGCGACAAAACACACAUACAAAAGAAGCCCAUUGACUAUAAUGCGACUAAUCUCCAAAAACUGCCUUCCCUCCGGCUAGAAUGAAAAUCGCCGGCAGGAUGGCACUCGGGGCGCUUCGUUUUCCGACUUUGGACAACGAAGCGCUCCAAUUGCCAUCCUGCAUUCUAGUCGGUGGGAAGGCAGUUCGGGAAGAUUAGUCGCCCCGAAGAAGAGGAGAUUUGUCGCCGGGCGACUAAUCUCCCCGAAUCUGACCUUGUGUCUCUGCCCUAAGAGGGGUUUGGAUGAUUUCUUGAACAAGUAUAAUAUCCAAAGCUAUAGUGACACUUUCAUGUACAAUUAGUAUAGAUUGGUCUGUCUAUAGUUUACAUACAUGAAUGCAUUGAGUUAGUUUGGAUUUGUGUUUUGUGAUGGCUUUUGGUCUUUUUUCAAUCCAAUCUACUCACAGACAAGCCACCA